AUCUCCCUCAGAAUACCGCGACUAUAGCCAUCUACCCCUGGCUGCAACCAAAAACUCGUUCUCCUCCAGCUGUUGCCGCCGCACCUACGCAUCUCCUUCCCUUCUCUUCUCGGGGACUGACCCGCCGGAACCAGUAAACGAGAGCCCGCCGAGAAGAGGAGGCGGCGGCCGCGGGUGCGUACUGGCCGGCUGGCCGGCUGCCCACGGCCCCCUCGCCUCAUCGGACGAACAGCGCAUCUGCCUCCCAGCCCGGCGGCCGUGUUCCCGGCGGGAUAACGAUGCAGGGCGGAGGCGUCUCCGGAUUCCAUAACGCGCCGGUGACGCGGGCGAUCGUCCUCGCCAGCGGCCUCCUCUCUGUCGUCUUCAGUGUGAACCGCCGAGCCCGCGCCCUCGGCCUCUCCUACCAGGACAUCAUAAAGAACUUUCGAGUUUGGAGGAUAUUUGCAUCUGUAUUUGCCUUUCAGUCAACACCAGAGUUGAUGUUUGGACUCUACCUUCUGUAUUAUUUCCGUGUGUUUGAGAGGCAGAUGGGCUCUAACAAAUACUCUGUUUUUAGUUUAUUCUCUAUCGCAGUAUCAUUACCUCUUGAGAUUCUAUCUUUGGUUCUCCUGAAAGAUACAAACUACAUCACUGCUCUUGCAUCUGGACCUUAUGGCCUUAUAUUUGCCUCGUUUAUUCCUUUUUUCCUCGACAUUCCCAUCACUUCACGAUUUCGUAUUUUUGGCGUUAAUUUCAGUGAUAAAUCAUUCAUAUACCUAGCUGGCCUGCAGCUUCUUGUAUCUUCUUGGAAGCGUUCCCUUAUUCCUGGUAUUUGUGGCCUGAUUGCCGGUUCGCUCUAUCGUCUCAAUGUGUUUGGCAUCCGCCGGAGGAAGCUUCCACAGAUUGUUGCAUCAUUUUUCGCAAGAUUUUUUGCACCUCCUUCAGCAAGCUCAUCUCGGCCGUCAAGAAGUCUUGUUGGAAAUGUGCCUUCGCAUACAGGCCGUACUGUUCAGAACCAGCCGUCUACUGGGUUUGCUCCUGUUGUGGAGCCCCCAGAGUCCUCCAUUGCUAUGCUGGUAUCGAUGGGCUUUGACAGCAAUGCUGCGAGACAGGCCCUCGUGCGAGCCAGAAAUGAUAUCAAUGUAGCCACAAACAUCCUGCUUGAAGCGCAGUCUCAUUGAGCUGACUCACCGCAACUUUGCUGAUAAAUAUGGCGGGCUGAACUGGUUAUAUCUGGCCAUGAAUGGUUGUUCCCCGCGCAUUCGACAACAGAUCGGUGAACUCAUGGUAGUGGUUUGGAGAAGUUGAACAUGUUCCUUCCUAGUUGACAGCUUAGGAAGCCGGGAAACAUUUGCUGCAGUUAGUGUGGUCACAUGUCAAUACUAAAGAGUUUUCUCAACUCAGAGGCAAUGUACCAUUUGAAAUUCAGCUUGUAGGAUAGGUGAUACAUAAACAUUUCAAUCAUAGUGUAAAAUUGUUUUGCAGCCUGAAAGCAGUUUCAUUAUGCACACA